AUGAAAGCGCUGCACGUGCUACUGCUGCUGGUACUACCGCUGCUGCUGCUGUCCCUUUGUGUGGAAGGCAUCAGGAAAAGCCCGGACAAAAAAAAGGAAAAGAGUUUAAUAAAGACGGCCCAGAAAAAGGUAGCCCGAUUUACCCGCAGAUAUAAAAAAUCACUGCGGCUAAAGGAGCAGGACGUGAUCGGUCGGUACGAAGUGAAAGCCUACUUCUUCUUUGACGAUUCUUUUGAAAAAAGAUUCAAAUGGAAUUUAUAUUACAAAUUCUGCAAGACAAGUACCCCAAGCAUUUGCAAUUACAUCCAGAUGAGAAGGCAAUUUGAAAAGUGGUACGACGACAAAACGUUUUCAAUCAAAAAAUACAUGUCAGAUGUAACGUUAGUGUAUAAUCAAUUUUACAGUAAGUACUCUAUUCUGCAGUUUGAUAUCAAUUUGGAGCCCCAGAACGUUUUGAAGAUUUCCAAAGUGCCUAACCUGUCCGAUAUAUUAAUGGAGUCCUUGACGAAUUUGAUUACGAGGAGGAAGUUGAGACCCCCAUCGGAUGCUCCUUCUUGGCGGCUGUCCUUUAACUACAUUACGGGGAUGAAGAAGCUCGUUGUGAAGGCUCCCUCGCAGGUUCCGGGCAUGAAUUUCUACUUUUACUUCGUUAUCCCGGCUUAUAAAUAUUAUUACUCACACUUAUUCACCAGCAUCGGAGACAUCUACUUCAAGUACGAAUGGGGGAUUAAAAAAUACAACGUGGGGUACUUCACCAUGGAGCAGAUGUAA